AUGUCGAAAUCCAGGAACUUCGCAAUCCUGCUAUACUUUACUACUGUGGUCGCAGCCCUUACAUACAAUGUUUCAUCUUCGUCGCCAGCAACUGCCAGCGGACCUUUGAGCGUGGCACCUGUGGGUAUCUCUUUCGAGUUCUUCACGUUCCCGGAGUACUUCACCUCCGUGAAUGCCACGGACCAAUGUCUGCAGAACCUGAAAGACGUCGGCGGUGGUGCGUCCACCCGUAUACGCAUUGGGGGGACCACACAGGACCGUGCCACGUACGAUCAUGCUUUGUCUGCCGACGUCGAAUAUGCAGUCGCAUCACCCAAGGACGCCCCGGCGUCUCUGACUUACGGGCCUUCUUUCUUCGCCCGGGCUGGAACUUAUGGCGGCCAAGUGACCGUUGGGCUCAAUCGUGAACUCAACAAACUUAACAACACCAUCGCGGCGGCUCGGGUAGCGCAGGAGAAGAUGAGCAAUCUCGAAGCGAUUGAGCUUGGCAAUGAACCAGAAUAUUACAGCUCUACCAGUCCGAUUGCCGAGGGUCAAGCCUGGACGACGCAACGAGACUACGCGUCGCAAAUAUCAUGGCAGAUAUCACUUGGCCAGAACCUUUCAACGCCAAACAUUAUUCAGGCUGGAGUGUACUUGGAAGCCAGGGAGUUCAACAACAAAGACCUCGCCUCUAUUGAGACCACCGCUGCUCUGGAAUAUGUGAAGACGUUCGACUCUCACCAUUAUCCUCAAUCAGGCCCAUCAUCAAACCUUACAUCGCUCAUGAAUCAUGCUGAGAUCGUUUCUCGAGCUGCUGCGUUCAAGGGGGAAGUAGCAGCAGCGAAGAGCAAGGGGAAGAUUCAUGUGUUCGGGGAGACAAACUCUGCAACUCAAGGUGGAGGAGGUAUUAGUCCGACCUUUGGAGCUGGCCUUUGGAUCGUUGACUACGUUCUGCAAGCCAUGAUUCUGGGAUCCGAGUCCCUCUUCUUCCACCAGGGUACUAUCGGCAAUUGUCAAUACUGCUGGUGGGGACGGUUCAGCAUGGGUGCGCCCUACUACGGUGCAUACUUCGCCACCCAAGCCCUUGCCAAUGUCGCAUACAUCGCUCAAAUGGACGACGGCUCUUCUCAAUAUGCAGCAUACGCUCUGUAUGACAGCAACAAAGCCUUGACCAAGGUCUUGCUAUACAACUCGGACUACUACACCUCUGGAACCAGAUCCGCUCAGUAUUUUACGUUGACAGGCUUGAACGGCUCGUCCACCACCGCGGUCAGGCUCACGGCGAGCUUCGCGACUUCGAGACAGGAUCAAGGUCAGAUUCCGACCGUCGGUGGUCAGAGUUUCGAGGACGGCACUUGUGUCAUUCAAGGAACUCCGGUCAAGGAGAAGACAGUUGUGGCAGAUGGUCAGGCAACCUUUAAGGUCGCGGCAACAGAAGCGCUGUUGAUAUACGUGUCGUGA